GAAAGAAAGGGAAAUGAGGGAAAAGUGUGAUUUUUUACUCCUACAGCUAAGACUGUCACUUACAGGGUGCAAAGAAAACUUGAAAAAUGGUUUCCUUGCUGGUGCAUGCCCUUCUACCUGUAUGCAUUUGGCUGUGGAUAGUGACCCCCUCUGUUUCAGAUACAUGUGGCUCAGGGGUGCCAGGAAUCCCAGGUGCUCAUGGAGCCCAUGGGAAAGAUGGACCAAAAGGGGAAAAGGGAGACCCUGGUGUACACACACAACUGAUUAGGGGGCAGAAAGGUGAGCAAGGUGUGCCUGGAUACCCCGGCAGGCCCGGGCUGCGGGGGAGUGAGGGGAUGCCUGGCCCACCAGGCCCAAAGGGUCCGAAAGGGCAGAAAGGAGCUAUUGGAGAGGUCCCUAAGGACAGGCGUUCAUUUUUCUCUUAUAAAAAGACUUCCCCCAAGGUAUCAUAUCACACGAACAAAAUCAUAGAAUUCGAUGGCUCAUUGUCUUCUGAGGAUGAGGGUGACAGGUUACCUGGGGGUUAUUUCACGGCCAGGCUGGCUGGAAUAUAUUAUUUCGUGUUCCAUGUGUCCGCUGCACAGACUGCCUGCCUAGGUAUCAGGAGGCAGGAGGAGACAGUGGUGAGUUUCUGUGAUCAUUCUCAGGGAGUGUUGGUGACCUCAGGGUCUGUGUUGCUGCAGCUGCAGCAGGGGGACAGAGUAUCUGUUCAUCCCACUAAACUAAGCCAAAUCAUCAGCAGAGAUGCGGAGAGCAUCUUCACCGGAUUCCUCAUCUUUCCGUUGUAAAUAGUAAACAAUACAUGACAUUUUGGUUUCAGUGUCAGACCAUCUUGCUUUUUAUCAAGACAUUUACACAGUUUACAGAUUUAUUUUUCUUUCUUUUCUUAUCUUUCUUUUUUAUUCACAUGUUGUUGUUAAAGCAUUUUUAGCACCACAGCUCUCAUUAAAAUCAUGAACAAACAGAAA